AUGCUCGACACACAAUACCCAGACGUCGACAAAUCAUCGUUCUAUCCACCGAUGGCACAACUAUCAACAGAAAUCCUAAGGACGAUAUUCAUCCUCAUUCGCGAGGAGCAAGGCCUUCGCGCGCUGAUAGACCUGUCUUCGGUGUGCAGGGCUUGGCGAGACGUUGCUCAACCGGUGCUAUGGUCCCAUGUUGUCUUGACCAACGAUACACUGGAAGCCUUCGUCGACAAUUAUAAGGAUGCAUCCGAAAGACUGGAGACUGUGAGAAGUGUGACUUUCCAAGUCGAGGUUAUAACAUUGACCCUCCCUCAUUUCGACCCCGAUGCGUUCGCAUUGUAUAGGCUGCAUGGCUUCCCGCAGAAUCAGACUCUACUGAAAGCAAUCGAUCGCUUCAGCACUCUGAUCUUACCCAAGCUUACAUCUCUGGACUUUCUCUCGCUCUUCGUUGACGACCCUCCGAUUAUUCCAUUUCAGGAACGCCAUAGAGUUGAGAAUGCUGGAGUCCAGCUGCGCAUAGGGUUCAGACUGCAGACCGAAGUCCUAGGCUUUCUGUUGAGGAAUCUUCCUGCAUCGUGCACCAGUCUCGAGCUUGACACUGGCAGCACUGAUUGGUCACCUGGGGACGAGUCACAUCACCUUUGUUCCGACAUCUGCAUUUGCCUCAUUCCUCGCGACAAGACCUAUCCCAUGCCGCUAAAUCUUAUCACUGCUGGUGUAUCGGGUCUAUAUGACAAGUUCGACAACUGUGUCAUAGGAGAUCGGAAGGAUUUACGUCGACAUGCCGAGCACACGGUGUGGGAUGAGACAGUAUACGGAGCCAGGAUGCCUUUUGGCGUCAAGAUGGCGCGAGCUGGUGCGACUCCAAAACCUUCAGCCCUCUUGACCAGGAGAGAAUGGAGACGGAGAUCAAAGAAAGCAAUGCUCUCGUGGCGCAAGGAGGAGGGGAGGACAGGUGUGAAGAUCAGACGUGUGAUUCCCUUGGAUAGCAUUGACAUCAAGUAUGACUACUCGCUCAUGUCUCUUCUACCGGCGCGUGGGGACAGUAUAACGAGCGAUGGUCGCGUAGGCUAG